AUGUGGCGUCUUGUGCGUGGCAAUAAUCUUCUGGGCGGGACAUGUUCCGUCGGCCCUGCCGGGUAAAGUGCGUGUGCCGAAGUGUAGAAGCUGGCCGGAAGCUCAGCGAUCGAUCGUCAAUCCCGUCAUGGCCCAAAAACCUCCCUCAUCUCAAACCCAACGCUUACGAGACCCGAGCGCUGCCCAUCCUUACGUUGCGGCAUGGAGAUGCUGCCAUCCUACUUCUUCCUUUCCAGAAGUGCCCUUUUUAGUUCAUGAAUAAGGGUUUUCCUCAUCCCAACCGACCUCUGAAUCCUCUCCGCGCAUCGAGCCGAAAGCUAUGUUCCAAUCAUUCACGGGUAACUCCCGCCGUCCCCGGCAAGUUAAUCUCGGAGCUCGCAAUAACAACCCGUUCGCCGCAACUCCCUCCGGUCGACAGAAUCCCCAUGCUUCCGGCUCGCAGAACACUCUAGCCAUCGCGCAGCAAGAGCGACUUCUCAGACAACAGGAAAGGGAACGACUGGGCGCAAGUCGAGUGGUCCAGCGGACAUGGCGGGGUUAUCGGAGCAGGAAGAUAACGCGAGGGAGAUGGCGAUUAGAGUGGGAUGCAGCUGAGGCACAGAGGAUCCAAACUGCUCCUCGCUUCGAAGAGCUGGCAGAGAGUUCGGAUGGUGUCAUGCCGCCCCCUAUUGCAUACGAAACGGCGGCAGAUUGCUGGGCACAGCUGCGACUACUGGUUCAGUUCCUGGAGCCGUGGAAUAGCAGCGAUAUUGUUCGUUCGGUGGCAUUUUCGAGUUCAUUCCAAAAGACAUGGAAGGAGCUGCCGACCAUUGCCACUGAAGGAGAAUGGAUGACUCCGCUGAAGCGUCUGGCACGGCUGACCCUGCGCAUGCUUCACGCAGCUCCUUCGUCGACGAUGCCGGCGUUUGCCAUGCGCCCUUUGCUUGAGCUGCUGGGGUUCCUCACGGGCUUAAUACCCAAAGAAGUGGCACGAACAGCCCGAGAAUACUACGCUGUUGUGGGCCACCUCACCAGGAAUAUCAAAGACAUCUCCGGCAGAUUCGCUGUGUCCACUGAGGACCUGGCUCAAAGUGUGCUGGCACUGCUGCGACCGAUCACGUCGGAGACCCUCACGGCCUAUGAAUGGUUUGCCAGGAGCUACCUGACAAUCCCCGAUCUGACCGCCCAUCUCAAGUCGCUGGAUGACUUGGCAAAUAACAUCAAUUAUAAACUGCUCACGUCUGCGUUGGGUCCUCUACAGUCGCAGUUCAGAGAGCGGCCCCAGGGCACGGACGAUGUAGAGUCCCGUCUCUGGCUGCUUGCUUACUUCAUUUUCUUCCACCGAUAUGCUCUGGGCGGCCAUGCCGGACUUCAAGCCUCAGAGCCCGGCUUUGUCCAGGUUGUCUCCGAAUUGUUGAAUUCCACGGCUGUGUAUAUCUCGCGGCGACUGGACUUUGACGACGCCCCUGAGCUGGACGACCCGUCCCAGAGAGCGCCUUUACAUCCAUUCGUCAAGGAUCAGCUUGUCAGUCUUAUCAACCAGGCGAGUAUCACCGGCCUCCUCUCCCAGCUCCAGUCUACGCACUUGUCGCAGGGUGAUCUUGCCGAUGUGCAGUCGGACGCUUCGCGGGAGGCCAAAAUUCUGGCUACGUAUGCUUUAACCCUUCUGCGAGUGUUCCCCCGGCGGGGCGACGAUAUCCGCAUGUGGUUGUACCUAGGGUCGGCCAAUUCGAGUGAUCAGACCGGAGAUCUUUCGGGAUCGCGGAUUCCGGCUAUCAAAUACUUCUGGCAUGCAUCUCGGUCUAGUAGAAUAUUUGCAGCUAUCUGCCAAGAUUCAACAAAGGUUCUGUCUCUGUUGAAGCCUGCUGUGGAGUCGACCGAUUCUAGGCUGUCGGCCCUCUCUCAGAACGAGAGAGAUGAAGAAUGGACGAUCAUCCUGCUUUUCCUCGAGCUUUAUACAUUUGUUCUGAAAGUGAUGGACGACGAGGAAUUCUUUUCGAGCGAGUCGUCGUUCACUGCGUCGUCGAACACGCGCGUGUCCUGGACUAAGGAGAGUGCCCUACCACUGAACGAUAUUAAAGAUAUGACGGUGUUCCUCAAGAAUCUCGCUUUCACCUUGUACUGGAACUCGGCAGACUUGAAUGAACAGCAGCCCACCCAGGAACCUGGCAGCAUUCGCAAUUACUUCAGCUCUUUAACCCCACCCUCCGAUUCCGUCACAAGUGUCAGGGAUCUGGAGAUGAAGAACAAAGAAAAGGGCCUGGCCGGAGUGACUGGUAUUCCGCUCGAUUAUUUCAAGGGUCUCGUUACGGGUCUAUUGAGAAUGAUUCAUGAGCGCGAUUCGCGGCGGAAAUUCCUUCCCGACGGGCAUUGGCUGAUGACGAAUCGCUUUGAUAUGGAGGGCUUCAUCCCUGCUGUCGUUGCAGAAGAAGAGAACCGACACCAACUCCAGGACGAGGAUGAAGAUGACGAGCAGGACGACUUAAUGGGCGAUUCCUACUACGAGCCUUCACCGGGCCUAAUCGGUACCGGUCGUGCCCAGCAAACUCGCCGAAUCGAAGCCCUGCGACGGCGGCAGCAGCAGGCCGCCCGAAGAAAGCAGCUGGAGGCCGUGGCCCCGAGACUGGAGAUUUUGCGGAACAUGCCGUUCUUUAUCCCUUUCACCACCCGCGUUCAGAUAUUUCGAGAAUUCAUCUUCAGAGAUCAAAUGCGCAGACGGCAAGGAUUCAUUGAUCCGGACUCAUGGCGCAUGUCCGUGGCCCACGCGUCCAUGGGACGCAUGAUCGAUGGGCAUCCGGCCGUGCAGGAUAUCUUGGGUCGGCAUCAUGCGAACAUCCGACGCGAGAGCGUCUUUGACGACGCCUUUGACCAGUUUUACGAACUAGGAGAGGGGUUGAAGGAGCCGAUCCAAAUUACGUUCAUCGACAAAUUCAACACGGCCGAGGCGGGAAUUGACGGCGGUGGCGUGACGAAAGAGUUCCUCACCAGCGUGACCAACGAGGCUUUCAAAUCCACGAGUGCACUAACUCUUUUCGAAGAGAAUGAUCAACACCUGCUCUACCCUAAUCCAGCCGCCGUUGAGCAGCGCCGAGAGUUCCUGAGACGGACCGGCUUCGUCGAGAACAGCCCGGAAUGGAGUGAGCAGGUUCGUGAUUUGCUUCGACGGUAUGAAUUUUUGGGGCGAGUCAUCGGAAAGUGUCUCUACGAGGGCAUCCUGGUCGAUGUCAAUUUUGCGCCGUUCUUCCUACUGAAAUGGGCCCUGACCGGCGGCACGGGAUCGGCACAGAGGGAAACCGCCUACCGCGCCAACCUCAACGACCUGAAGGACUUGGACCAGGGGCUUUACCAGGGAUUGGUAAGUGAAUCGCGAGAUUAGCUUCUCGUUGAGCGGAGCAGGACUGAAUGGCUGACUGGCAUCGGAAAUUUAGCUGCAAUUGAAGAAUUACCCCGGCGAUGUAGAGGACUUCUCCCUGAACUUCACGGUCAGCGACACGAUUUCCCUCCCCGAUUCGACUAGUCGCACCAUCACAAGAGAUCUGAAAAGCCACGGAUCCGACAUUCCUGUGACGAACCAAAACCGACUUGUGUAUAUUUCCUACAUCGCGCGGUACCGUCUUCAGGUGCAACCGGCUCUCCAAACCAACGCCUUCCUUCAAGGUUUGGGUCAGGUCAUCCAGCCCUCGUGGCUGUCCAUGUUCAACCAGGCGGAACUCCAGACACUGGUUAGCGGCGAGUCGGGCGACAUCGACGUGUCGGACCUGCGACGGCAUACGCUGUACGGGGGCGUAUACGUGAUCGGCGACGAUAAGGAAGAGCACCCGACGAUCAAGCUGUUCUGGGAAGUCAUGGAGAAGAUGAGCAACGAGGAACGACAGAAAGUGCUCCGUUUCGUGACCUCCACUCCGCGGGCGCCCCUGCUCGGAUUUGGCCAUCUGAAUCCGCGAUUUAGCAUUCGAGACUCCAGCGAGGACCAAGAACGACUGCCUAGUACCAGCACCUGCGUGAAUCUCCUCAAGCUACCCCGUUAUAGCAGCGCUACCGCACUACGGGAGAAGCUUCUCUACGCGGUCAACUCGGGGGCCGGAUUUGAUUUGAGUUGAAAUUGAUAGGAUAGGUGAGACGGACAUGAAUCGCACAUAGAAAGUAGGUGGUGAAAGGGAGAGAGAGUGAAUGAUGCAGUCGAAGAACUGUAAGGUGAAUGUUGAUAGUAUACCUACUCCAUACUCCAUAGUAGUACACCGUACCUUCAUACCAUGAGUACCUAGCGAUAAGCCCUAUCGACACCUGACUGCAUCCCGUGAUUUGCCGCUAAGAACGCAGCAGCCCUAGUCCUGUUCGGGUCUAGUUUGAGUCCCUCCCCCAAUCAGACCGUGGGAAAAAUCAAAAAGCAUGACCC